GAUAGCUGUAUUUUCGGAAUGUCUGGGCGUGGUAAAGGUGGAAAGGGGCUGGGGAAGGGUGGCGCCAAGCGCCAUCGUAAAGUUCUGCGAGAUAACAUCCAGGGCAUCACUAAGCCUGCCAUCCGUCGCUUAGCCCGCCGUGGUGGCGUCAAGCGUAUCUCUGGUCUUAUCUAUGAGGAGACCCGCGGAGUGUUGAAAGUGUUUCUGGAGAACGUGAUCCGGGACGCUGUCACCUACACCGAGCACGCCAAGCGCAAGACCGUCACCGCCAUGGACGUGGUCUACGCGCUCAAGCGGCAGGGCCGCACUCUUUACGGCUUCGGCGGCUGA